UAUGCAUGGACAAAUCGAAGUCGGCGGUGGUAGCGAUGCUAGCUAUCCUACGCGCGGGCGGGGCCGUCGUCCCUCUCGGAGUGCAGCACCCGCUAGCCCGCCUGGAGGUCAUUGUCCAAGAUACCGCUACACCACUACUACUGGUUGAUCGCGGUCACGAAAAGCGGCUUACAGGCCUAGCAGUCCACGUGCCACUGCUACCUGUCGACGCUUUCUUCGAUGACACCUCCGCAGCCUCGACCGGAAUGCCUAAUCUGUCGAACGAGCUCUGCGUGUCCGUGCGGCCCCAAAACGUAGCAUGGGUAAUAUACACUUCUGGUAGCACUGGCAAACCGAAGGGCGUGGUACUCGAGCAUGGCUCCCUCGCUACAAGCAUUCUAGCCCACGGACCAAUCUUCGGACUCUCGUCGUCAACUCGCACUUUGCAGUUUGCCGCCCUUACAUUCGAUGUUAGUAUUUCGGACCUUGUCGCAACUCUUGCUUACGGUGGAUGUAUCGUUGUUCCUUCCGAGGACGAUCGGCUGUCAAACCUGAAUCACAUGAUGAACACUUUCCGGGUAACUUAUGCCAACGUUACACCAACAGUCGCUCGCCUCUUGGACCCAGCACAGCUUCCCUUGCUGAAUACUCUAGUACUCAUUGGAGAGGCUGUUGAUGCUGGCGUUGUGGAUCCUUGGGUUAAGAGAGCAAGAGUAAUAAAUGGCUACGGUCCUGCCGAAGCGUCUAUAGUGUUUCAUUGCAGUCCACCUAUUCAGCGGUCGGAAACUGCAGGAAAUGUAGGAAAGCCGAUCGCAGGAUGCGGUUGGGUAGUCGACCCUAACAACAUCGACCGCUUGCUUCCUCUAGGCGCACCAGGCGAGCUGCUUCUCGAGGGCCCACUUCUUUCGCGCGGCUACUUGAACGACCCUACUAAGACAGCUGCUGCCUUUAUUUCGGACCCCGUCUUUGUACAGGAGCUAGGCCUUUGUCCUAGCCGGCGCAUGUAUCGGACCGGAGACAUAGUUCAGCAAAAUGCGGAUGGGUCGCUUACCUAUUUAGGUCGUCGUGACACGCAAGUUAAGAUCCGUGGCCAGCGCGUAGAGAUUGGUGAGAUCGAGAGUCAGAUUCUUCGUCUGCUACCUGAAGUGUGCGAGACUGUCGUCGAUGUGGUUCUUCCUGCAGGCGAGACCCAAGAGGGAGCACUUAUGCUUACGGCUGUCAUCGAGUAUGCCGAUGCUGGACCCUACCCGGACGGCGGAGAGUUACAGCCAUAUGAACCUUCACAGAUUACUGCCGCUGCACGUACAGCUUUGGAACGGCUGGACUCCGAGCUUAGCCAGGUAUUACCGGCCUACAUGGUACCUGGGGCGUUCUUACUAGUCCCUAGGCUUCCGGUGAAUGCGUCUAACAAGCUGGACCGCCGCGCCGUCCGAGAUCAGCUACGCCUACUACCACGUACUGUUCUGAACUGCUUUGCUACCUCGCCCGCCAUUAAGCAGGCUCCUACGACUGAGAUGGAACGCCAGCUGCGGAGCUUGUGGGCUACGUUGUUAGCAGUUCCCAUUGAAUCCAUAGGCGCCAACGAUUCGUUCUUCAGACUAGGCGGAGACUCCGUAGCGGCUAUGAAGCUAUCGGCUAAAGCCCGUGCCCAGCAGAUACCUUUAUCUGUAGCUGACAUCUUC